CGCCGUCAGAUUAUUUUAUGCCCUCAGAUUUGGCUCCCAGGCAGAGUAUACUAUGUUAGGUUAAGGUGCUCCUUUAAGUAAAAAAAAAAAUCUACUACCAAUAAAUUGCAUUUGAUCAUUCGACAAAACUCGUAUAUACCAUCUGUGAAUAUCACAGUCUGCAUCCAGCGAGUAAUUAUCGUUACCCAGGAAAAUCAGCAAGCAGCACUAGCCUCCUUUACUCAGUUCUUGUAGUUAUUUGUCCGGUUUCUUGACACACCCGAUCAUUUUCCCACUUAACAAGGGCCGCCGAACGCAGCACCUAAAUUAUGCUAUGUACCAAUGAGAUUCGUUGAUUGCCAACCGCCAAAAAUCUUUACGAAGAAGAGAUUUGUGUUUAGCCUGAGAGGCUAAGCUCGGGGAAAAGGAAUAUACCGCUUCAGUUCAGCAAGGUAGCGUUGGUAGCUAAGCUAGCUGACCAUCCGGUGUUUGCGCUGUUGCUAACACACGCUAACACACGCUAACCCAACCUCCAGCAAACUGCUUCCUACCUUGGUAUGACUAAGAGAGCCCGUAGCCAGCACGAAUGGUUGUUUCAUAUGAUGCCAAUUUGAUUGUCAACGUUAGCUAGCUUACUUUGUAAUUGUGUGAGGGACGUGAAAGAAGAGACAGCCUUGCCACUACCCACUACCACCAGCAGCUGCUACGGGUCGUCUUGACUACAGCUGCCUCCUGCUGCUAACAGCUGAAGUUCAUCCUCCGUCUGUGGAUGAGGUAGUUUGGCGAUUUGGCUUGUUAAAACACACCAAGGCGGUGGAUACAUGUCUACCUCUCAACCACGAGACCAAUUACGAAAGGGAAAUCUUGCAGUUCAUGUUUCGCCAAGAAGUCAGUGUGACGUCUUUGAUUCCAUCUUGUUCGUAUCUUUUCCAACACGAGAAGAGGAAUAUGUCCAGAUAUAAUAUAUACAGCCUGUUAGACUGGAUCUACGGCGGGGUGGAUCCGAAGUUUGAGGGCAACGGGGGCCCCGAGUGUGCCGCCUUUCUCGCGCCCCAGCAGCGCAUCAGUGAAAGUCUGGUCAUCGUCCUCAUCUCCCUAGUAGAGAUUUGCGUGGCGCUGAAGAAAAUAAACAUCUCAAAAGAGCUCAAAGUGGUUGCAAAAGACUGCACAAGGACAAAGGAGGAUAGUCUGGGCAAGAACCUGUUGCUUGUUGCCCUUUGCAUGACUUUUGGAGUGGAGGUUGGGUUCAAAUUCGCGACCAAGACUGUGAUUUAUCUGCUGAAUCCCUGCCAUGUGAUGACCAUGGUUCAGAUCUUCCUCCUGGCCUGCCCGCCAUGUAAAACAGCAAUGGUUGUGUUUAGGCUGCAGGUCCACAUGUUGAACGGUGCAUUACUGGCUUUAAUGUUCCCUGUAGUCAACACUAGACUGCUACCGUUUGAGAAGGAGAUCUACUACAUCCAGCACUUCAUGCUGUACCUGGUGCCUCUUUACCUUUUCAGGAAAGGAGGUGUGUACAAGCCUGAACCUCUGGGGGACGUGUGGUGGGCGCUGCUCUCCAAUGGCGUCCUGUUCCUCUAUCACUUCCUCUUCCUGCAGGUCCUUGGCCUGGCGACUGAGGUCAACCUGAACAACAUGCUGUGCCCGGCUGUGUCCGAUCCCUUUUACGGGCCUUGGUACCGGGUGUGGGCGACGGGCCACCAGACCCUGCUGACCCUCAUGCACGGGAAGGUCCUCACACUCCUCUCGCAACACACAGGCUCCAUCUGCAGAUACCUGCUGGACACACUCCGACUGCGCAACAAGAAAGUUGACUGAAUGUCCACGAGGAUGCACGCAGACCUAGCCUUUCAUUCUAAAUGCCUGCUCCUUUCAUGGAGAUUUUUUUUUUUUUAAAUCAACAUUUUAAUGCAUCUUUUAAGACUUACCAUCUGUUUUACUGAAACAUGUGAGCAUUUCAGGGCCAGUGAAUCAAUGUGUCAUUCUUUUAGUGUUGUAGUUGGCUUGCAUGCACAAACAUAAUAGGCAUUUUAAGGCUGAUAGUUAGCAUUGUGGAGUUUGACAAAUUUAGCUUUUUGUUGGAAUACAAUUUCCAGAAAUAUGUAAGUGAAUUUGUGGACGAUUUCUCAAGCUGCCUUUUUGUAAAUGUAAAGUUUUAAGGACAGAAAAUAGGAGUCACCCAAAUGUCACUACUGAUCUGCAGUUAUUACACUUUCAGUUCUUUAUGUGAUAGUUAUGCUAGAUCAUAUGUUAGUGGGUAAAGCUACCAUUUUAUUUGUCUCAAGUGCGUUUUGAAAAAGAUUGUGAAUGUGAGCUGUUGUAAAAGUUAUUGCUUGUUCAUAGUCUGAGUUUUGUUUGUCAUGUAUGAUGUGGUGUUGUCAUGACUGAAAAUAGAAAUGGCGUCCCUUUGUUCCCACUUUACUACACACAUGUACAGGGUAUGAACGAAUCAUUGUAAGUGGCCUCUUUUGCGUUUCUGUCUCCAGCCCGUUCAGAUCAUUCCAGUUGUGAUAAUCGGGGGACAUGAGGAUGUACUGCGUGCUGAGAUUCAAAGUGAUGAAUGAGGACUUAUGGAUCUACACUGGGAUGUUAUUACCUCUGCCAAGGAGGUUAUGUUUUAGUCUGUUAUUUUAUUGUGACCAAAUAUGUAUCUGGGCUUGAAUCAUGCAUCACGACACUUGAAUAGAAUUUGUUGCUUGAUCAUUAAGUUAAUCUUACAGGGCAUCCCGAAUUCACUCCACCAUUACAACUGUAACAAGUCACAGUCUCGGUUUUGUAUAAAAAAUCCAUCAGAUGAUCUGCAUGAAGUCACUUUGGGUCAUUUACUGACUACCUAUUCGAAAGAAGGAACUGACUAGCUAAUCGAAUUAUAGUUGGACUAUGUCUGUCAUGGUAUAUAUCAUUUCAAGUGUUAGGGGUGUGUUUUACUGUAGCAUAUACUGUACUUCACUGUAAAGAAGGGAAUAAGACAAACUUUUGUAUUUUUAUGGGUUUGAGUGUAUGUGCUGUAUCGACAAUAAAAGCGAUUUCAGUUGA